AGGGGUGGCUCCACGCAUCCAAACCGUGGCUUGUCGGAUUCCGCUGGCUGCAUUGCAGUGAGAAAGGCAAGGCAAGGCUUCAGUGUGGAGGUACUGGUGGGAGCGUGGAAGGGAGAGGGAGGGUGGGAGAGAGAGGCAAGGACAGGACGGUGGCGGCGGGAGAUAAGAGCCCGGUGGGAGAGGGAUGGAAAACCAUCUGCGCGCCGGAGGUUUGAAGUGCAGCUGAUACUGCGGCACGUGACAGCGGGACAGCUGCGGAUGAACCAUGGGCAACCUUCAACCUUUUUGACCUCCCACUGGGCCAGCCAGGAUGGAGAACUAGGAGAAGAACUGGAGUGAUCGUAUCCAGUCUUCAAGGGCUUCAUCAGAGAGCGUCCUGGGAGACAGAACGGGGGGAGGGUGGUGGAGGAGGAGGAGGUGGUUUGUGGGGGGGGGGCUGUCUCACAGAAGUGGUCUCGCAGUGGUUUAAGGUGGCGGCUGUAUUUUUGGGAUCCUGCGAAUGAAGCGAGCACACUGGAAUAAAGAUGUAGUGUGAACUGGUGGAGGGAGGGGGACGGAACAAGGAGAGUGCUGUGCUAAGGGAAGGAGAGAACGUCCCAGCUGAACGCACGGACUGGGAGGACAGAUCUUUGGGGGGGGAGGCAAAGACGGAGGGCCCACUGGAUCAGAAAGAUGACCUCCCGCUGCAGGAAUGCGGUGAACAUCGUGGUCACCACCCUUUUUGCAGCGGUGGUCCUCUUCACCAUCCUGCUGGCCUAUAUCACAGGUUACCAGUUCAUUCAAACUGAGCAGCACCACCUCUCCUUUGGCCUCUAUGGUGCCUUCCUCUCUCUCCACCUUCUCCUCCAGAGCCUUUUUGCCUUUCUGGAGCAUCGGCGCAUGAAGAUCCCCACCCAUCCUCAACAUCUCCGCCGCUCUGUUGCCCUCUGCAUCGCUGCCUACCAGGAGGACCCGGACUACUUAAGGAAGUGUCUGCGCAGUAUCAGGCGGAUUUCUUUCCCAGGACUAAAAGUAGUGCUGGUAGUGGAUGGGAACCGACCAGAGGACCGUUACAUGAUGGACAUUUUCCAGGAGGUGAUGGGUGGGGCUGAGCAGGCGGGCAGCAUGGUGUGGAAGGGAAACUACCACAGCGAUGGGAGCGGCGGAGGGCCUGUCGGAGGUGGGGGGAGCACAGUUCACGUGGAGGAGACGUUACGAGUCACUCGGCUGGUCAGAGGUUGUCGCUUUUCCUGUAUCAUGCAGGAGUGGGGAGGGAAGAGGGAGGUGAUGUACACGGCCUUUAAAGCAUUGGGGGACACUGUGGAUUAUGUGCAGGUGUGUGACUCUGACACAGUUCUGGACCCAGCAUGUACCAUUGAGAUGUUGAAGAUCUUGGAAGCCGAUGCGGCAGUAGGAGGAGUUGGGGGAGAUGUACAGAUCCUGAACAAGUACGACUCCUGGAUCUCCUUCCUCAGCAGCGUGCGUUACUGGAUGGCCUUCAACAUUGAGCGUGCCUGCCAGUCCUACUUUGGAUGUGUCCAGUGUAUCAGCGGCCCUCUGGGGAUGUACAGGAAUUGCCUUCUCCAGCGCUUCCUGGAAGCCUGGUACCAUCAAACCUUCCUGGGCUCCAAGUGCAGCUUCGGCGACGACCGUCACCUCACCAACCGAGUGCUAAGCUUCGGCUACAAGACAAAAUAUACAGCCCGAUCGCAGUGUCAGACUGAAACGCCAACACAGUACCUGCGUUGGCUCAACCAGCAGACUCGCUGGAGUAAGUCGUACUUCCGGGAGUGGCUCUAUAACGCUUUGUGGUUUCAUAAGCACAGCCUCUGGAUGACCUAUGAAUCUGUGGUCACUGGCUUCUUCCCGUUCUUUUUGGUAGCCACGGUCAUCCAUCUCUUCUACCGCGGAAGGCUAUGGAACAUCUUGCUCUUCUUGUUGACCGUCCAGCUGGUUGGGAUGUUGAAGGCCACCUAUGCCUGUUUCUUGCGCGGUAGCCUGGUCAUGAUCUUCAUGUCGCUCUAUUCUCUGCUCUACAUGUCCAGCUUACUCCCUGCCAAAAUAUUUGCCUUACUAACAAUCAACAAAGCAGGGUGGGGAACUUCGGGCCGCAGGAAGAUUGUGGUAAACCUGAUCGGUGCUGUCCCUGUGACAGUGUGGACGAUGGUGCUGCUCGGGGGCGUGGUGUAUACGAUUUACUGUGAAACACGGCAGCCAUUGAGUGAGUCCGAAAAGGUUUUGUUAAUAGCGGGGACAAUACUCUAUGCCUGCUAUUGGCUCAUUCUGCUGGUGCUUUACCUUGCAAUUGUAGCCAAACGGUGCAACAAGCGGGAGGAUCAGUUUCACCUGCCAUAUGCAGAGGCAUAAAACUGCUUGAAGAAGGCUCGACAGGUCAACAACAUGAAGACCAACUGCUGUAUCCGCACACCUCUGUGAACUGCCGGAGCAACUGCACGGUCAUGUCUGCACUACCGGUGCUAAAAAGGUGGGCAUGUGAAAUCCAAGCAGCAGGGAGAGGAGAUCCAGUCAGGAGAAAACUUGUGAGAUGACUGCAUCCAUGAAGCAUGACGCCGUUUGCACGGAAACGAGUGACCCAGUGUUCAUACGCUUUAUUUGAACAUCGCGUAGUCCAUGGGUACGGGUUAGCUGUGCAACCACAACAAAGCGGUCCGGAAUGGUGCUCGUGAUGCGUUUAGUGCAAAGAAUGAAUCAAAUGGAACUAAGUGCAGUAAAGAUGGUUGGUCUGAUUUAAAUGUUUUGACUUCAUAUAAACGGUACAAACAACUGUAGAACUUAAGAGCCUCAACAAGCAACGAGAAAGUCAAGUUAAUUAACAGAAGAACGGCAAAGGAGAUCAAAGCUGCAUUCUGUCUGAUACUUCAAGACCUGAAAGAAUAUCUACAGGAAACAGGUCUGAAUAACGACGCAACUGAAGGAACUGAGAUCAAGGAGAGGCUGAAAUAAAAUUAACAAAAGAGCAACUGAUUUGGUCGGUUCGCCAACUGAAGUGACCAAAAGCCUGACUAAAAGCAGCCACUAUUUCCAUUUGGAUUUUAUGAUUUGAACUUAUAACAUUUUGAGCAAACCACCACACUAAAAGAUCCUGAUCAUGCUCAGAAUAAAGCAUUCUAGACCAUUUAAUCAAAUGUCAAUUUACUGAAUAUGCCUGUACUGAAAGGUAUCAGGAUAAAUAAGGUUUUACAAUUUUGUAAAAUAGUAGUAGUAGUAGCAAUAAUAAUAAUAAUAAUAAUUGAUUUUUUUAGCAUUGACAUUCACGGAACAGAAAAUGGAUGGGUGGAUUAAUUUGGGAUUUUACUGUACAUAAAGACUGGGUGUGCCCCCAACUGAUUCCAAACAACAUAUUGCACAAAACCCCUGGGGGGUAGAUUCUGUUUUCAACUCUAUAAACAUCUCUUAUUUUGCAUUUACAAUUGGUGUUCAUUAUCAUGAGCAACACCUCUCUAGUGCCAAAAAAGGUGGGUAGUUAAGGGUCCGAUUCAUCUUAUUUGAAGCUUCAGUGGUGUGAGCAACCCAAACCAUGUCAUUUCUCCAUUUUAAUAACUGUCAUUGAACUGGCACUCGCAUAUGUGCAAACAAAACACAGAUAAAUAAACCAGUAGGCAACCACAAAGAAAAUAACUCAAAUGUUCUUGGUGCUGAAUGCUGAUGAACGGACACAGCAGGUCUUAUUACUCAACAAUGCACACUUGUACAGAACACGGAAUGCGGCUUUCUCACCAGAAAUUCACAGCCUGGGUGAAGUGGAGGGGGCUUGUUCGGCUGUGAUGAGGAGACAUAAGACCCAAAACUGGAUAUGCGCUAGUGGCUAUAUGUUGACAGAGACUGUUCCAACCAGCACAUAGAGUGGAUGGAUUACGUUAAAAGCACAAAGAAUGUGACAGAGUGGCUAUGUAAGUGUUGGCCUGUCCCAAUUUUGAUCAAGCUUCUAGAAA